CUUGCCGCCAAUAUACCCUAACAUUUUGCACUUACCGCUAAUAUGCCUUGACAAAUGGCGCCAUUGUAUGUAGAAGCCGCUAAAUGGCCUAGUAUUCUUAGUAAUACAAAGUAAACAAAUACUUCACCUUUAUUCUUUUGCCUUUUAUUUGAUGACUGGUGCUUGCGGUGGUGUUACAAGCCAACUCAGUGUCAAGAGUAAUUUCAUGUAAAAAAUAGUGUUUGAUCGGUUGUAAAUAAAUUCAUAGUUAUGGCAUUACGUAGAUCUCACAAAAUUUUAGAACGGGCUUUAUUGCUUGAUAAAUCUCAAGAACAGUUAAAUAGUGAAAACCGCGGUGUCGUGGUAAAUGUGGUGGUACCUAAACGUAAUUUACUUCAAGAAAUGAUUGGCGAAGACGAAAUAUUUCAAAAUAUAUUACAUGAAGUAGUGCCUGAUAAUAACGUCAAUGAAGUAGAGCCUAUUUGUAAUGUAAUAGCUCAAGGAGAAUUACAGCAAAUUGAAGAUAUAAUUAGCGAGGAAGGGGCAUUUCAAGAUUUUGUUGUCUUGGACGAUAUGACUUUUAGGCCAGUCAAAAUCGACACAAAAAAUCGCUAAAUUCGCAAAAUAUGAUGUAUCUUUGAUUACUAUUAAAGCCAAAGGGGAU